CGCCUCGAGCGCGAGCAAGGCCUUCGCUCAUCAAGCUUCUAAAAAAAUCCGGAAAGAGGUUGUCAUUUCGCGAGAGCUAGCUAGCUACUACUACUAUAGUAUAUUAUACUAGACGAAAUUGGAGAGGUCGACUAGUCGAGGAAUGUAAACUUGAGGAACAAUUCUGAUGAAAAUCAUGGGGUACUUGCCGUCGCUAUGUGGUAUAUUCUCGGGGGCUUUUGUAAUUUGGUUGCUCUUUAUAAAAAGAGCUACAAAGCCAGGAAAGCUUAUAAAAAGACGAAGAUUGACACCCGAGAGCUACGAUUACAACAUGGUUAGAGCGAAUAUCCCCCUUCGAGCUUCGGGUAACCUGUUAAGAUUUGUACUGCACCUUUCGAACACAUGGAUUGGCAGGUUAAUUCUCAACCCUAAAACGAAAAGAAAAUCUCACUUCAAUUUACUUCACAACUUUGUAAUAGAGGACCCGCCCACUUAUGAACCAGUUGUACCAACCACAGAGCCAAGUGAAGCGAGUGACCCUCUCAAGAUUGAUUUAGACUAUCUUAUUCAGCCAGAGAGGAAAGAAAGCAAGGAUUUUAGGUUCAGAACGGUCUCGGAUUAUUAUCAUGCGUACAGGUCAGGUAAGGUGACUCCAGAGGAUGUUGCAGAAUGUGUUAUGGAAGACUUGGAGAAGACAGAGCAGAUGAAACCUAGGAUGAGGAUGCUUGCAGAGUAUGAUGUAGAAGAGGUCUAUAAGAUGGCUAAGGAAUCUACUAUUCGUAUCAACAACAAGAAACCUCUUUCAAUCUUUGAUGGGGUUCCAGUUGUCAUCAAGGAAGAACUAGCUGUGAAACCUUACCAUCUACGUAGUGGAACCACAUUCUUAGGCCGUGACCCCGUGAAGGAGGAUUCCACUAUAGCGGCUAAGCUACGCGCCGGUGGUGCUGUAAUCAUAGGAAUAUCAAACAUGCAUGAAGUCGGACUAGGAGUUAUUGGUAUGAAUAUCAGUGCGAGUGGUACUGCACGCAAUCCUUAUAACCCUAACCAUUAUCCUGGAGGAAGUUCAUCAGGGUCAGGGGCCUGUGUAGCUUCAGGCCUUUGCCCCCUCGCCAUAGGAACUGAUGGGGGAGGUUCGGUGCGCAUUCCUUCUGCGUUAUGCGGCAUUGUUGGAUUGAAGCCAACCUAUGGGCGUUGGUCUCGUCACGGAAGUAUGCCCCUGUGUCGUACAGUAUCUGUAGCAGGACCCAUGACGACAUGUGUGCAAGAUACAGCUAUGCUUUUAGAAUAUUUAGCCGGUGAGGACCCCGAAGACUCUGCAACAUGGCAUCAACCGACCUUGAAAAUCAAUGACCUUCAAACAAAGAGCUUGAGUGGACUUAAGAUUGGCAUCGACUGGAAACACUUUCGGGAUGCUAAUGCAGAGAUCGUUGCUGAAUGUGAAAAAGCUGUUAUUUAUUUAGAGAAGCAAGGAGCAGAGUUGGUGGCUAUUAACAUCCCUGAGUGUGAGGAGAUGAGGAUGGCCCAUGCCCUCCUUAUAUCAACUGAGAUGUACUCUUUCCUUCAAGAAGCUUACAGAGAUAAUUUCCAUGACUUUGUUGGUGAUACUGCUUUAGUCCUCACUAUGGCUUCUUCUGCCAAUGCUGUGGAGUACAUCAAUGCCAACAAGCAGAGGACAAGAACCAUGCAUUACCUCAAACAGCUCUUCAAACAGGUUGAUGUCAUUGUCUGCCCAGGUUGUGGGGUUACUGCACCAAGGAUUCAACCAGGCGACCUUGAAUAUGGUGUCAAUGACACUGCUAUGACCAUCGAUGUCAUGAGGUUUUCCCCACUGGCUAACAUAUCUGGCAUCCCUGGGCUGGUCGUCCCGGUGGGCUACGACGCUAAGAACCUCCCCAUUAGUCUCCAGAUCAUGGGUCCCUGGUGGGAGGAAGGCCGCCUCCUGAGGGUAGGGGCGGUGGCAGAGAGGAUGCUCGCAAGGAAACACCAACCACAGGUCUACUUCGAUGUCCUCAAAGAAGCUAUGAGUUCACCAUGAUCCUUCAAAAGUUCAAAGUAUACAUUCUGAUGUUAUCGUUGCUCCACGACGUUUGUUCCGGCGACAGUUGCUCCGCUCUUCAUUCCACGCACUAAUCGAAUGACCAGCUUCAACCCUGGGUUUGAC